UCGGUUAUGAUGAGAAACGGUGGGAAACAUAGUGUGUUUUCACUCAUUUUGACAGGGCAUUUUUUAUUAAUCAGUAUAAAUUCUGGGAGCCCUGUUGUCUUAUUGUAGCCCCAGUCCUUCACGUGCCAUCAUAAAAUUGCUUCAAAAUGGCGAGAAAUUUGACGUCAGCCACAUGUGAGGAAAUAACUAGUGAUUGCACCACUGUUUCUUACGAUCAUCCAGAAAUUCUAGAACGAGAAACUUUGGUAGAUGUAUUGUGCACUAAGGGAAUUGAUCGGCAGGAGAUAAAUGCUCUAGAUAAAGUCGAUUUGGUGAAAUUAUUUUACAAAUAUGCAGCGCCACUACCUCAACGAGCUCAGCAACUUCGGCGAGCCAAACGAAAGCCUCCGAAGCCUUCCGAGCACCAGCCGAGCGCGAGUCCAAAAGACAUCGUGAUUGGCUCGAGAAAGAGGGCUCUGACAAGUGAGGGUCCUUUGAGAAGUAAACUCUAUCGUCCAGAUGACUUCAGUAAAAUUAUUAUCAAUAAGGGACCAUCAAAACAGAAAAACAAAACAGACAUUCCUAUGCAGACCAGUAAAAAUGACUUAUCACCAAUGUCACAAGAUUCGUCGAAGGUAACAAAGCUCAAAAGAAGUACUCCAGAACCUCCCAAGUCAAAACCUGUGAAACUGAACAGGAGAUCCUUUACAAAUCAUCCCUCUGAUGGAAACAAAACAACACAUGCUGGAACCAUAACCCAGCAAAGCAAACAUGUCGAGGUAUGUAAAAGUGACUCUGAUUCCAUGGAUGAAGACAUAGUAGAAGUCAAGACACAAUUCCAGAAAGUUGCUGUCAAAUGGCCAUAGUGACUUGACGGGAGUUUUUCCCCACUUUAUUUUUGCUAGGAAUCACCUGUAAAUACAUGUAUAUACACUAUUAAAUUUGAUAGUGAAGUGCUA